AUGGGGAAAGUGGACUGCAGUGUGGAAAAUCCUGUUCUACCAACCUCGGAAGGUGUUCUUGGUACUUUGAUUUCAUCACCUUUUUCAGUGGGGCACAGGGGCAGCAAGGAGGGGCUGUUGGGGCUUUGUGGGGUUGUCUAUGAGCAAGAAGGAGUUUUCAUUCAUUCCUCCUGUGGAAAAAAUGAUGACCAGGAUAACUUAAUAGCAGGAGUACUACGUGUCAUAGAAAAAGAAAAUGAAGUAAUAGUUGACUGGAGACCAUCAGAUGACACUUUGGAUAAUUCUAAUAUCCUUUGUGCUGGAAAGGAUUCAAGUUCUGUUGUGGAGUGGACUCAGACUCCUAAAGAAAAAUCCCCUCGAGGAGCAGAUCGUCCAAGCAGUUAUGAAGCUGAAUGGGACAUGGUCACCACUGUCUCCUUUAAAAAGAAACCUCAUUCAAAUGGAGAUGCUACAACUCAUGCAAAUGGAGAAAGCAAGUGGUCAUUCCUCUUCAGUUUGACAGAUCUGAAAUCAAUCAAGCAAAACAAAGAAGGAAUGGGAUGGUCCUAUUUGGUGUUCUGUCUAAAGGAUGAUGUGAGGCUUCCAGCUCUUCACUUUCAUCAUGGAGAUAGCAAACUAUUGAUUAAAUGCCUUGAAAAGCAUGUUGUGCUGAGUGAAUCACCCCAGGAUAAAAGAAUUCUUCUUGUGAAUUCUCAGAACAAGUCUUUGUCUCAGUCUUUCGAAAAUCUUCUUGAUGAACCAUCAUAUGGCUUACUGCAAAAAUUGAAGAAAGAUCCAUACACAGCAACAAUGGGAAGGUUCUCCAAAGUUACAAACUAUAUUUUUGACAGUUUUCGAUUAACUGAUCCUUCAACUCAAAGACGACCGCCAUCAGAAAUGGCAGAUUUUCUCAAUGAUGCUAUUCCAGGGCUAAAGAUAAAUCAGCAGGAAGAACCAGGAUUUGAAGUCAUUACACGAAUUGAUCUAGGAAAGCAACCUGAAGUUACUAGAAGAGAGCCUGUGACAGCUGAAGAAUGGGCUAAGAACAUGGAUUCUGAAGGAAGAAUUUUAAAUGUUGACUACAUAAAGCAAUUGAUAUUCAAAGGGGGUCUCUGCCAUGCUUUAAGAAAAGAAGCAUGGAAGUUUCUCUUGGGGUAUUUUCCUUGGAAUAGCACUAAGGAAGAGAGAGCAAAUCUGCAAAAAAGAAAAACGGAUGAAUAUUUCAGGAUGAAACUGCAGUGGAAGUCUGUCAGUGAGGAACAGGAAAAACGAAAUUCAAGAUUAAGAGACUACCGGAGUCUUAUAGAAAAGGAUGUAAACAGAACAGAUCGAACAAAUAAGUUUUAUGAAGGUGAAGAUAAUCCAGGAUUGAUUUUGCUUCAUGAUAUUUUGAUGACCUAUUGCAUGUACGACUUUGACUUAGGUUAUGUGCAGGGAAUGAGUGAUUUGCUUUCUCCUGUCUUGUAUGUUAUGGAGAAUGAAGUGGAUGCCUUUUGGUGCUUUGUAUCAUACAUGGAUCAAAUGCAUCAGAAUUUUGAAGAGCAGAUGCAGGGUAUGAAGACUCAACUAAUUCAGCUGAGUACUUUGCUUCGCUUACUAGACAGUGGAUUUUGCAGUUAUUUAGAAUCUCAAGACUCAGGCUACUUAUACUUCUGCUUUCGAUGGCUUCUUAUCAGAUUUAAAAGGGAAUUUAGCUUUCAAGAUAUUCUUCGACUCUGGGAGGUGAUGUGGACGGAAUUGCCUUGCCAGAAUUUUCAUCUUCUCCUCUGCUGUGCUAUCUUAGAAUCUGAAAAACAGCAAAUUAUGGAAAAACAUUAUGGCUUUAAUGAAAUACUAAAGCAUGUCAACGAACUGUCUAUGAAGAUCGACGUGGAAUUCAUCCUUUGCAAGGCAGAAGCCAUUUCUAUGCAGAUGAUGAACUGCAAGGAAUUGCCUCAAGCAGUUAGUGAGAUCCUGGGUAUAGAAAGCAGAUCUGUCACACCAGAUUCGGAUACGGGCGACGACGACAGUGCGGCUGUGUUGAGUUGCCCGACGUCGUUAUACCAGAGCAUCCCGACGCCUGUAGCUGCGGCCAAUGGGAGCAGAGACAGCGCCCAGCAGGCACCUGAGGCACAGAGCUUGACACCUGCCUAACUGCAGGUGGGGAAACUGAAGAAAGACUUUUGCUGAGCACAUUAUAUUUUUCUCCCAAGCACUUGAGAGGUGGAUAUUUAAAUUUGGUGUUGAUUAAGCUUUAAGGUUGGAAAGAAAAUCUGUACUGUAAUGCUCUUGCAUUAAAGCUUUACAACAUGACUCGACUUAAUUAUUUUUGUAGUUUCUUCUACCAAAAUAGCCUUUUGUUUUCAAUAACAUUCCUUAAUAUUUUUGUAGCCAAGUGCAUUUUCUUUUUGCUGGUGAACUGGAAAUGGGUGGUGAUGAAGAAUGAAUUUGGGAACGAUGCAUCUGCUGAGCUUCACAUGUAUUCAGCUAGGAUAGUGUGAGCUCUCUGAUUUGAGCAGAUUCAAAAUAAGCCAGCUGAAGCUGCUGUACAAAAUUUCCACGCUGAAGAGAUGCUGAUGUGUUAGAGAAAGAUCAUUUUGUAAAUGAAUGGGGUUUCCCUUUCUCAAAUGUUUACAAAAAUACUUCUGAGUAUUUGUUGCUGGUUGAAUGUAGAUUUGAAAUGGACAUUUUUACUUAUGGAGUUUAAUGUCCAAAUACUGAACUUUGUGUAACUGGGAGUGGAUGAACAGUAUAUUUUUACAUUAACAUAUCUUCACUUUAUAUAUGCAUAUAUAUAUUUACACACAUACAUACACAUAAUAUAGAUAAAUGUUUGUGAAUACUAAAGGGAUAGUCAUAUUUUCAAUAGCUGAGUAGGCUUGACCAUUCAUAUGAAUCAGUUUGACCAAAUUAAUGCACAACUCUAACUUGGGCUCUUUUUCAAAACUAUUUUCUAAAUGAAGAUAACUUUCAUGUGAAUACAUUCAGUCCUAUACUUGAUGUAAUUUUGCAAUGGAUUUCUUGCAAACUUUACUAAUGUUUAUCUUUGCUAAUAGAUUAACUGAUCAAUAAAGUACUUUCACUGUUUUUAUGCCAGAUUACUUGGAAAAUCCAUAAGCAGGUUAAAACAAAAGUUAUCACAAUAAUAUUAAUGCAUUCUUUUGUAUAUGCAAAAGGCAGUGUGAGUUUAUUCCAUGCCAUGCUGAUGUCCUUUGAGGUUAUGUGAAAUUUAACAUAACUGAUUCAGUGUAUUCCUUAUUUGGUAACUAUUGUACAUAUAUAAAAUAAAAAUCAAAGCUGAUUUAGUGUUUUUAAUUAAAUCAUAUUUAGAGAAAAAA